GUGGCCACACGGUGUGCCAGCCCUUCCGAACAGCCGGAUCUGCCGCCGCGCGCCGAGCGCAGAAAGACGCGUCAGUCCCCCGGUCCGCAGCGUUUUGGUGACGUGCGGAGUCGCGCGCUGUCAGGCCACUCUCUGACCAAACGCACAGCCCUGCGCCACGCUCCCUGCUGUAAAAUGCGUCUGCGGUCUUUGCGGGAUAAAGACAGCAUCCGGGCAUAAGCAGCGCCGAGGCGAAACAAGGACAAACGCGGAGGGAACAGCGGCUGCGAGCGGCUGGAGAGGUGUAGACGGCAAAACUCAAAAGAUCCAAUUUGUCUGUGAUGAGAAUCCCCAUCCACCAGAGACCAAAGGCUUGUCCCUUCUGAGAGGAAGUGAUGUCACGCCACCACCACCGCUUCGAGAGGGACUACCGGGCACCUUGGGAGCGCAGAGACAUCCGUCCUUCUGUCCUCCACAAUGGAGGAGCCAACCAUAGCUGUGCCUCUGCCGUUGUCAAUGGCAACAACCGUCCAGGGCUUCUUCCCCUCCCGGUGAUCCCUUCCCUCCUCCCCACCCCGGCUACAGUUGCCGUGACAACAUCGAGCAGUGACAUAGCGGUCAAGCGAGGCAUCACGGGAACAGGAUCCAUGGCUUCGGCAACAGCAAAGGUCUCAGGACUGUCGCCCGGAGACGGCCAGGCACCAGGACUGCUGCUGGCCCCGGGGGUGAGGUGGGGUCAGACGCCCAUCAACCAGCUCACACCAUGGGAUACAGAUGAGCCCCCCACCAAGCAGCACAGAGACGGUGACCCAUCAGGUCCCAGCUGGGCUGCUCAGGUAGCAGCGGUCAGCCAGUCCAGUCUACUGCCCCAUACUUACGCCCUCCCACAGCCGCCAUCUUUCAACCACAGCGUGACUGCACAGUCACCCAUAAUUGGGGUCACCCCAUCCAUCCAGACGCCGGUGCACCCCACCGGCCACCCUCUGAUGACCGCCCACUUCCAACUGACGCCGCAGUCAACCCAGCAGCCGCCCUCCAUGGUUCUGAGCAUGCCGAGCCAACCUCCGUUCGCCACAGCCCAGCCAACAGUCACGCCGUCCGCGCUCGCCGGCCAAGCCAACCAAGUGAUUCAUCCAAACCAUCACAGCAUUAUGGGCAAUGGUCACUUAACCUCUCACCCCAGUCUCCUCCAGCACCCCGCCCUACCACUCACCAACGGACAAGCUGCAGCGCAGCCCACCUGCGCAGACAGUAUAGACGGUGCAAAUGGGCUGCAAAUGCUGAGAACUGUGGGGAGCGGAAAGUAUGAGUUCAGUGACCCAGGACAUCCUAAAGAGAUGUUGAAGGAGUUGAACCAACAGCGCAGAGCGAAAGAGUUUACAGACCUGAAAAUAAUUGUUGAAGGCAAAGAGUUUGAAGUCCACCAAAAUGUUCUAGCUUCCUGCAGCUUGUAUUUCAAGGACCUGGUGAAAAGGUCGUCGGGCGAAACUAGGAAUGGGGAAAUGCUGGAGCUAACCAUGAGCAACAUCGGCGCCGACGUCCUGGAGCUGCUACUCGAGUUCGUCUACACAGGCUCGCUGGUCAUUGAUUCGGCCAACGCCAAGACAUUGUUGGAGGCUGCCAACAAGUUCCAGUUCAACACUUUCUGCAAAGUCUGUGUCUCAUUCUUAGAGAAACAGCUGACUGCAGCUAACUGUCUGGGAGUGCUGGCAAUGGCCGAGGCAAUGCGUUGCACGGAGCUUCACAACAUGGCCAAAGCAUUUGCUCUGCAGAACUUCCCUGAGGUGGCCGGUCAGGAGGAGAUUCUGAGCGUUUCUGAGGAGGACCUGGUGGCCUAUCUGUCCAACGACAGUCUAAACACAAAGGCGGAGGAGCUGGUCUAUGAGACCGUCAUCAAGUGGAUCAAACGGGACCCCAACGCCAGAGUGCAGCAUCUGUCAGAGCUGUUGGCGGUGGUGCGUCUUCCCUUCAUCCACCCGUCCUAUCUGCUCAACGUCGUCGACAACGAGGAACUGAUCAAAUCCUCGGAGGCGUGCCGAGAUCUGGUCAACGAAGCCAAGCGAUACCACAUGUUGCCCCACGCCAGGCAAGAAAUGCAGACGCCCCGGACCCGGCCGAGACUCUCCGCAGGUGUUGCAGAGGUGAUAGUUCUGGUGGGAGGGCGUCAGACCAUCGGCAUGAGCCAGCGCUCUUUGACAGCAGUCACCUGUUUUAACCCCCAGAACAGUAAGUGGUACCCGCUGGCCAGCCUGCCCUUCUACGACCGUGAGUUCUUCAGUGUCAUCUCUGCGGGAGACAACAUCUACCUGUCAGGUGGAACAGAGUCGGGGGUGAUGGUGGCUGAUGUUUGGUGCUACAUGUCUCUGCUGGACAACUGGAAUCUAGUGUCUCGUAUGACUGUUGCUCGCUGCAGGCACAACAGCUUGGUUUACGACGGCAAACUGUACACCAUCGGAGGACUGGGCGUGUCGGGUAACCUGGACCACGUGGAGAGGUACGACACUAUCACAAACACCUGGGAGACGGUGUCUCCUCUCCCAAAGCCGGUCCACUCUGCAGCAGCCACGGUGUGCGGAGGGAAGAUCUUCGUGUUCGGGGGAGUGAAUGAGGCAGGCCGCUCGGCGGGGGUCCUCCAGUCCUACGAACCUCAGCGCAACAGCUGGAGCUUCAUCGAGUCACCCAUGAUAGAUAACAAAUAUGCCCCUGCAGUGAGUUUAAACGGUUUUAUAUUCAUCCUGGGAGGAGCCUACGCUCGAGCUACUACCAUCUAUGACCCAGACAAAGGCAACAUCAAGGCUGGUCCCAACAUGAAUCACUCACGGCAGUUCUGCAGCGCUGUUGUCCUGGACGGGAAAAUCUACGCCACAGGAGGCAUCGUCAGCAGCGAGGGUCCCGCCCUGAGCAACAUGGAGACGUUUGACCCUUGCACCAACUCUUGGACACUCCUGCAGUCGCUGCCCUGUCCGCUCUUCAGACACGGCUGCGUGGUCAUCAAGAAGUACAUCCAGAGCGGCUGAGGCGGCGUGCACCGGGCCGAUGGCUUAGCCCCGCCCACCCAUUCAAACAAAAGCCUGUGCAGAAUGUACUCAUGUUCCGCCAAUGCCGUGUGACGAUGCCUGUGGUUGUAGGUCAUCCGUUCAUCCAGCAGGGGCACUCUUAGUAAUUCCGAAGCUCUUUGGAAUCUGAUUUUUGUUGUUUUCGUCUCAAACGAGAGCCAUAGCGGAUCCACAGCUCGCGUUAGCUAAAAAAAAAAAAAAAAAAGUCUGUAGCUUCCAUAGAUGUGGGUCAGCAGGAUCUACUUUUUUUUUUUUGACAAACCUGCAACUGUUUUCCUUUUCAUCCCUGAUGAGGUUCUUCCCUGUUCUCCGUCGGGAAGCUAAAUUCCUGAGGUGAGGAUUUAUGAGGUAAUGUCAGAAGCAGGUUUUGAACCGUGCGACCCCAACGCUGGAAAAGCUCAGCAGAUCUGGGUCAGAUAGAGAGGAGUUUUUUUCUUUUGUUUCCUUAAGAUUUCAUCAGGAAAACUGGUUCUCCUGCAGGGUGACGUUCACCUUUUCUUCUUUCUGGAACCAAGAACAUUCAGAGAGAAGGAUUUCUGCCGUCCUCUCAUGUUUGAUUACAAUUUGGGAAACUCCCUUUCAGAAAAAACAAAAGCACAAUAUUCAUUUGUUCUCCUGGUGAUCAUCUUUUUCUUUCCCUUUUGUUUUCUACAACUGUUUCGUUAUUCUGUAAAUACAGGAAGGAAAUAUGUAUAUUUUAAAACUUGAAUCAAUUCUGUAUAAAUGUUUUUAGAAAAAAAGAAACCCUGAUAGACUGGAUUAAAAAAAACUGUCUGUAAAUCUGUACCCCCCCCCCAAAAAAAAGAAGUUAUUAUUGAACCCUAAUAGAUAUACCUGAACAUGAACGGACUGACGAGUUUUUUUGUACAUUAAAAUCUACUGAUUUCCACUGAAAACAAGCGCUUCAAUCUGCAGUUUGCACCUUUAUUCAAGUAUAUCACAGCAGUUUAUUUAGAAAUACAGUAAAUUCCAAAUAUAAGUUACACUAAAGUAACAAUGCAAACAGCCUUGUCAAAUACACAAAACUGACAAAAGAAAGAUGAACAUGACUGGAACACAAAAGGAGAAGAGAACCCACCUUUCCCUCCCAGCGCUCCGGAUUAAAUCCUCAACUACCGGACAAAAACUGGCGGUUAGUCCAAACUGGCUACAAUUUAAAAGAAUAAAAAAAUAAAAAAAAUAGGGGGAUCACAAUGUGUGACAUCAACUAUCCACAUCUUACAUCCAGGUGUGUGUUUUUUUUCUUUUUUAAUUCUUUUUGGCAAAAAAAAAAAAA